GUUUGAUGUGAAAUAUUGAACACACAGAUAACAUAGAACCAAAAUACUCAAUGAAAAUGCUCAAACAAACCACUUCUACAAGUCUCGUGACUAUUUGUGUUAUUCUCGUGCAUCUGUUCUGUUACAUCACGUGUGACGAGAACCCUUUAAAAGAGGAGGCUAUCAAACUAUCCAAUAUUCAUAAGGAUAUAGACACGGACAAGAAUAAAAAAUUAACACGUCAGGAGGUAAUAAUAUACCUGGUUGCAAACAAGAUUGGUUACAAACCAGAUUCUGAUUACUUCAAGGACAUAGUGGACGGUUUGUUUGAGGAACACGACAAAAAUAAAGAUGGACUUAUAGCUUAUGAUGAAUUUGUUCCUAGGCAUGAUGAACUCUGAAUUCGAGACAGUAAGAGGCAGGGACAGGAACCCGAUUUUCUUUUUCUUUUUUUUAAUUAGAACUCUCAACUU